AUGACUGCGGAAAGUCACAAACAAUGUAUUGGUUUCAGGAAAGGAGUAACCAGAAACGGCCGACAAUAUCAGCAUGCGUUUAUCUCAGUACACCUCAUUAGCUGGAGCACACUUUUGUCAAACGUUUGCUGCGGGACGUAGGCAACAAUGGACGAGUGCUGCUUGUCCCAAGACGAUAAAGACGGCCGGAGGAUAUCCAGAGAAAUAGAGAGGCAACUUCAACGUGAUAAACAUAACUUAAAACGGGAGCUUAAGCUACUGCUUUUAGGAACCGGUGAAAGUGGGAAGAGCACCUUUAUCAAACAGAUGAGGAUCAUUCAUGGCAAUGGGUACAGUGAAGCUGACAGAAAAGGUUUCACUCGAGACGUCUUCCAGAAUAUCGUCACAGCCAUCCAGGCGCUAAUUGAUGCCAUGAGGCAACUAAAGAUUGACUAUGUCGACGACCAAAAUAUUACGUAUGCAGAGAAACUGAGCCAACUGGAGACAAUUAACCUGAGAACUUUGGAGCCCUGGCAGGCGGAUGCAAUUAAGCGAGUGUGGAAUGACCAUGGUGUACAGAGGUGUUAUGAACGUAGGAGGGAGUACCAGUUGUCAGACUCUGCCAAAUACUAUCUGAGUGACAUGGACAGAAUAACAGCCCCAGGAUAUAUCCCCACUCUCCAGGAUAUCUUGAGGGUCCGAGUACCCACCACAGGCAUCAUCGAGUACAUGUUUGAUAUGUCAAAAGUCAUCUUCAGGAUGGUGGACGUGGGUGGCCAGCGCUCAGAGAGGAGGAAAUGGCUCCACUGCUUUGAAAAUGUCACUUCUGUCAUUUUCCUGGCGGCCCUCAGCGAAUACGAUCAAGUCCUUUAUGAGAGCAAGGACGAGAACCGACUACUUGAGAGCCUCACCCUGUUUCAGACAAUCACCUCGUCCCAUUUGUUUAAUGAGUCCUCCACCAUCCUAUUUCUGAACAAAACUGACCUGCUGGAAGAGAAAAUCAAAACAUCUGAUCUGGCAACCUACUUUCCAGACUACAAUGGGUCUAAAGGCGAUGCUCAAUCAGCUCAGCGGUUCAUCGAAAAGAAGUACGUUAAAUCCUAUCCCAAGAAAGAAAGAUCUCUCUAUACACACUUUACAUGUGCCACCGACACAGAGAACAUCAGAAUCGUCUUCAAAGCUGUCAAAGACACACUCUUUCAAGAUAACAUGGAUAAAUUCAACAUUAUUUGACAGGAAACCAAGUUGUGAUCCACCUUCAGUCACACAAAAGCCCAGUUACAAUCACAUGUUGCAAUGUUUUAAUGUUAAAGUACUGUCCGACUAGAUAAAAGAUGAGCAAAGUAAAUGGCAAAAAAAAAAAAAA